AUGGAUGGAAACCUGCUGGAUCAGCGUACUGAGUUGAGGGAGUACGGCCAGUCAGACCGGCUCGCCGCCACAGUUCGAUCAGUAAUGUCGUUGGUGCAGAAUAGUGGAGGUGGCGACCACUCGGCGAGAGUUGUGAGGCAAGUAAGAACCAUCGCCGCUAACGGCUCGAACUGGAGGUGGCGCGGCGUGUUGCGAGACACACCAUCAGCUCCCUCACUGACACCGAUCAUUCCCUUCUGGAAGAAGGCUCGUACCACAGACAUGCCGUCAACACAACCAACCUUCGUUCGUCCUACGUUGAGAACCCUGGGCAAGACCGAAAGGGAUUCUGUUACGGGUGCCAGAGAGACCUAG